CAGCAACAGGGCCUCCACUGCUGCCUCGUAAACACCUCUCCUGACUACCACACUACUAAACUCUCCAGUAAACUUACUUACACCAUACUCACAGUCUAGAUAUAAGUAAGUUUAUUGAGGCACAGCUGGAGACCAACAGCAGCAGCAGCAUGUCGCCUAAUGCCUUCACUAACAGGCAGGUCAGUGCCAGGAGGAGAGUGAUAGUGUCACUUGUCAGUAAGUGCCAGAAAGGAAGUGCCAAGGUGUCGAGCAGGACAUCCAUCACGUCGACUCACACACGAUCACUCAGAUACCGUCUAAACUCGACUGGAAAGAAACUCGUUAAGAUAUUUAAGUGUGUGGAAGAGGGUGACUUGAAGCGUCUACAAGACUUACUGCUGGUGACAGGACCAGCAGUGUGCAGACAGCAGACAGGCUGGUCUCUGCUGCAUGCAGCAGCAGACAGCAACCAGCCAGAGGUGUUAAGCUUCCUGCUGAAGCUUAUCAGUCCCAAUAUUGUCAACAAGGAAGGUCAGACUCCAGCUCACCUGGCUGCCCUCAAGGGUCACACACAAGUGCUGAAGAUAUUGCUGGCUGACGAGGACUUCAACCUUAACAAACGUGAUAACCACAACAGAACCUUCAAGGACCUGCUUGCUGCACCGCUGUUCGAGGCUGUACUGUGGUGGGAUACCAGCAAGAUACAGCACUUGUUACAGCUGGGUGCUGAUCCUGACUACCACGCUGGUCACCUGGUACAAGGAGCCUUGACCAGGGAACUGCAGGUGACUACACCUCGUCACCUGGCUCUCAGCUUACUCCGGGAACCUAUCUUUGACAACUUUCCUCAGAGAGGAACACCUGAGAGAGUCAGUGAACAGAGAGACGAACACAGCUCCGACGACACCAUCUCUGGCACCCCAUUCAACUUACUCCCGAUUGGUCCACUGAGGCUGAAUGUAAGACCAGCAUCGGUCCAGACGUCAGAUCCAGACGUCUACAGGAUGGACACAGAUCCUAGAGGAUACGUGUGUAUCCUAAGCUACAGUUCCUUCCAGGAGCGACCUGACCUGGUCCUUGAGGGGUCAAACUCAGACGUCAAGAACCUGUCAAACGUCUUCGGCAAAAUGGGUUACACUGGACACUCACAUUGUUCCUUGACAGCACAAGAGACCAAGCAAGUGUUGACCAGUGUCAGGGAGAUGCAGCUCCUGGACCGUGUGGGUUGUGCGGUUUUUAUUAUAUCAAGUCACGGCAUUGGUAACGAGAAGUUCCUAACAAGUGACAUGAGGGUUUUGAGCACUCAGUGGGUAUGUGAACUUUUUAAGGACUCAGAAUGCCCAGGGUUGAAAAAUAAACCCAAAUUAUUUAUCUUUGACUUUUGUUGUGGUUACUACAAGGAGGAGAAUGUUAGAAGAAACAAGAGAGUCAAGUAUACAAGAGUAGAGGAACCCCUACAGGACACAGUGUGUCUGUACUCAAGCAGUGGAAGUUUUACCUCGUACUCCUUUACUAAGGAAGGUACUGCCUUCAACACUGCUCUGUGUCGCACUCUGGCACAACACUCCCAUCAUCACGAACUUGCUGACUUGUACAGACAGUUACUCAAGGAGUGCACCAACAACUCUUACACAGGAUCACCACAGCUACAUAACUUCGGCUUCACCAAGAAAUUCUUCUUUAACCCAAUACAUUGAAAAACCCGUCAGAAAUUAUAUAGUUAUUACACUUCAGGUUGAUGACAUAGAUCUUCAUCAAUUCUACUUCAACUCUGUAUCUCAUUCUAACACAGCACAGCCAGAACACUGAUCUUGCUGGCUCGGCUUUCCUGGGUUAUCACGGGGUAUUAAAACCCCUCCGGUAUCUUCAAACACAGUGUCAGUGUUCGGUUCACAACUAUAUAGACAAGGGUUUUAAACUUGGGCGAAGAGGUGGCCCAUGGCCUGGUAGGCAAAGCUCUAUCUUUACCUGCUGAGCGUCCGAGUUUGAUUCCCGACAAGGAUGGAAACAUUGGGAGUGUUUCCUUACAUCGGUUGUCCAUGUUCACCCAUCAGUAAAAUGGGUACCUGGUGUGGGUGGCAUCCUGGGUGUUAGUGGACUGGUGUGGGUGGCAUCCUGGUGUUAGUGGACUGGUGUGGGUGGCAUCCUGAGUGUUAGUGGACUGGUGUGGGUGGCAUCCUGGGUGUUAGUGGACUGGUGUGGGUGGCAUCCUGGGUGUUAGUGGACUGGUGUGGGUGGCAUCCUGGGUGUUAGUGGACUGGUGUGGGUGGCAUCCUGGGUGUUAGUGGACUGGUGUGGGUGGCAUCCUGGGUGUUAGUGGACUGGUGUGGGUGGCAUCCUGGGUGUUAGUGGACUGGUGUGGGUGGCAUCCUGGGACACUAACCUAAUUUGCCCGACAUGCGGAGCAUAACAAGGGACUUUCUAUGUAGUAGUAUGUCAUUGUUGUCAGCUAGGACUGUAUACCAUGUACAUGUACUUGUAGUAAAUAAAGAUAUUAUUAUUAUUAUUAUUAUUAUUAUUAUUAUUAUUAUUAUUAUUAUUAUUAUUAUUAUUAUUAUUAUUAUUAUUAUGUAUUUUAGUUUGUACACAGCAGGAGAGACUCUAGCGGGUUCGAUACGGCGUAUGGCGUCAGUGGCCCUAUAAACACCCAACAAGAAGACUAAUCCUUUGAGAAUCUUAGGACGCUAAUUAAUGAUCCUCAGUUGUUUAUAUGAAGUUUGAAACCUAUCUGCUACAUGCUGGAGGAUGUUUAACCAGUUAUGGGUCAUUAUCUGACAGAGAACCAUGUCAGGAUGUACUUGUUUCCUGACAAACACCGGUGGUCUGGUGGCUAAAACUCCCGCUUCACACACGGAGGGCCCGGGUUCGAUUCCCGGCGGGUGGAAAUUCCGACACGUUUCCUUACACCUGUUGUCCUGUUCACCUAGCAGCAAAUAGGUACCUGGGUGUUAGUCGACUGGUGUGGGUGGCAUCCUGGGGAACAAGAUUAAGGACCACAAUGGAAAUAAGUUAGACAGUCCUCGAUGACGCACUGACUUUCUUGGGUUAUCCUGGGUGGCUAACCCUCCGGGGUUAAAAAUCCGAACGAAAUCUUAUCUUAUCUUAUCUUAUCUUACAUUAUUCAAACAUCUGUAAGGAUCCUUCAUUACAAAAAUUUAGAAAUAAAACUGUUAUAUAUCUGAUUCACGUUUUAUUAAGGUAAACACAAGAAAAUGGAACAAAUAAUUGCAG